GGAACAUUGCAGGAUUAUCUGUCCACCAUUGAGAAACACUGGCUUGUUCACACUGGGUCUGGCCAAGACGGUCAAAAACAAAGAAGUUCAACAGAGCCCACUGUUCUCCCUGCUAAUGAAUUCCAACAGAAGCCAAAUCUGGACUACAAAAUAAGACUCGAAGAGGGAGUAGCCCGUGUAUGGUUCCCACAAGGGCUUGUGGAUAUACAUUUAUUUUUGAUAGUGUCCUUCAAUCUGUUUUCAUGGGUGCAAAUAGGUGCAUGAGGAACCCAGCUCUGCUGCUGACACAUUUAGAGUUUAGCCUGCUUUGCCACAACCAGGAAAAUGUCGGGGUCCUACGAUGAAUCUGCUGCUGCUGCUGACGACGCUAUGGACAGCUUUUGGGAGGUGGGGAACUACAAGCGUGCCGUCAAGCGGAUUGACGACGGCCACCGGCUCUGCAAUGACCUCAUGGGCUGCCUUCAGGAACGUGCCAAGAUUGAGAAGGCCUAUGGUGACCAGCUGACCGCCUGGUCCAAGAGAUGGAGACAGCUGAUCGAGAAAGGACCACAGUAUGGCACCGUGGAGAGGGCGUGGCUGGGUGUGAUGACCGAGGCUGAGAAGGUGAGUGAGCUGCACCAGGAGGUGAAGAACGGCCUGCUCAACGAAGACCUGGAGAAGGUCAAGAACUGGCAGAAGGAGGCGUACCACAAGCAGAUGAUCGGAGGCUUCAAGGAGGCCAAAGAGGCCGACGAGGGCUUCAAGAAGGCCCAGAAACCAUGGGCCAAGAAGCUCAAAGAGAUGGAGACUGCUAAGAAAACAUACCACAUGGCAUGUAAGGAGGAGAAACUGGCCGCCACCCGCGAGGCAGAUGGGAAGACACAGGCCUCCGUCACAACUGACCAGCAGAAGAAACUCCACGAGAAAACAGACAAGUGCAAACACGACGUUCAGAAGGCUAAGGAGAAGUAUGAGAAGUCUCUGUCAGAGCUGAGUGCUGUCACUCCCCCGUACCAGGAGAGCAUGGAGCAGGUGUUUGACCAGUGCCAGCAGCAUGAGGUCAAGAGACUCACCUUCCUCAAGGAGAUCCUGCUGGACAUCAAACGCCACCUCAAUCUCACUGAGAACCAAAGCUAUGGCACAGUUUACAGAGAACUGGAGCGCACCAUCCUGGGUGCCAACACACAGGAGGACCUGCAGUGGUUUAGCAACCACCAUGGCCCUGGCAUGCAUAUGAACUGGCCGAUGUUUGAGGAGUACAACCCAGAUGCUACUGCUGCUGUUGUUAAGAGGGAGAAGGUGCAGAAGCCGGCUGGGGCCCCACCGACCCCCAGCACUGACCAUGUGGCACCACCUGGAGACCGUGGCAGCAUCAGCGCUGAUCAUGUGGCACCACCUGGUGACCGUGGCAGUGUGAGCAGCUAUGAAAAGAACCAGGCCUACUCCACUGAGUGGUCCGAUGACGAUGCACCUGCAGCCUACUCAGGCGGUGAGACCAACGGGGGUGGAAAUGGAAACUCCUUCGAGGAAGACUCUGGCAGUGCAGGGAAAGGGGGUGCAGGGACCGGGACCGCAUCCGGGGUCCGAGUGCGUGCUCUGUAUGAUUAUGAUGGACAGGAACAAGAUGAACUCACCUUCAAAGCUGGUGAUGAACUGACCAAGACUGAGGAUGAAGAUGACCAAGGCUGGUGUAGAGGUCGCCUGGAUACAGGCCGAGAGGGACUGUACCCGGCCAAUUACGUCGAGGAGAUCUAAUGACCCCAAAGGAGGAGGACAUGCCAUUGGAGGCAGCUCGGACUGUCUCAUCCAAUCGCACUGCACAUAGCCAGAGACUUAUGAGCAACACAUCCCUUGCCCAACAGAUGCGCAAAUCAGAGUCUUGCCUAAAUAAAAUCUUAGUAUAUUAGUAGUAUAUUAUAUUAUAUUUAUCCAGUAUUUGGAGUGAGGAGGACAUAAACACUUAAACAGGAGCAGCAUUUAUUCCAGAGUACACACACUCAAACAUACUGUAACAUCAAGCCAAUGCAGGGACACAUUUGUGUAGCUGUGUUCAAUAUAAAGAUCAUGCAGAUGAUUCAACGUUUUUGCAGUAUAUUCUCCUAUAACAGUGUGACGAUAAUGUAACCAAUUAUAUUUACCUGCCGGUUUAACCAGAACAAGCUACUCGGCCUGCGUUGUGUAUAUAUGACACCGUUUUGUGUAGCAGUUUCGAUGCUGUGUGUUCAGUCCUCCUCCUUACAUUGGGAAUGCUGUGUAGUGUUAAAAGUACCACAAAAUGUAUCCUAGAUUUUAUUAUUUUCUCUUUUGUGAUUUGGUCUCAUCCCUUUUACCAGUUGUGCAGUGGUACAGUAUCUGUUGUCUCUGUUUCUCAAUUGGUUUGCAAUAGCAGCAUGUGCUAUGCAACAUGCAUUCCCUUAACCUCCAAGCCAUAUUACGGCUACAAGAUGCAACUAAUCCCCUGAUAUGACCAAUGCAGAGGACCAGAGUUCACCAUUAGACACAGACACAGCAUUGGAAUAACACCAUGAGCUUGUGUCUGCCUUCAUCCCCGGAAGUGGAGAGGCUGGAUAGCUGUUUUUCUCUCUCUUCCCCAUCACCACCAUUGAAUCAUAACGUCUCAUUUCCAUUUCAUUGCGAGGUAUUUUUAGAAUAUCUGUUCAUUUGGAUCUAUUGCUGUGUUCUAUCUAGAAUACCUGUGAGGGAACAUUUUAGGGUCAGUAGGCAAGGUAUUAUCACCAGCUUGCUUUGAUUUAAUCUGUCAUGCUGACAAGAACGUUUUGGACAAUUUGAUUGUUCAGGUGAAGUAUUCAGGCAUAUUUAAUGUGAAUUUAGUUGUUUUCCUGCUGUAGGGGGAAAACAGCAUAUAGGAAAAAUGGCUUUGAACUAUGUUACUGUUCGAUGGUUGUCUCCUGGUAAAAUAGGAACAUCAAUCUUGACGGUACCAUGCUGCAGAUCCUUGUCUUAAAAUGGAAACGUGGACAUGAAUGUACUAUUGUAGGGGCAUGGAAGGAGACAUGCCGUAUUUAACUAGGCAGGUUUUGUUCCAUUGUCAUAGAGAACGCUACCAGAAAAAAAAGUGGUUUUGAGCCCCUUUACCUACUUAGGCCAAAGAAUGACCGAAAUCCGAAAAUGCAUAAAACUCUCUCUAUCCAUGCAAUAACACACAUAACUCUGUCAAGGAUUUUCUUGUCAAGAUGCAACUCAUGCAACUAACUGCUUCCUGUCCUCUGAAUAUUUCUGUGUUCAUUCAAUAGGCGAUCCACAUGGGGGAAGACAAGAG